AUGGCCAAUGUAAUAGACCUUAAAAAAGAAUUAUAUAAUGCCCUCCAAGAUUCUUCUGAGAUAGUUUCAUACAAUGCUAAAUUGCGGGAUAAGUAUGAAAAACAAGAAAAAAAAAUCAAUCGGGAGAGAGGACGAUGGGAUCGGGAUAGAAAGAAGUGGAGUAAAAAACUAGGAGGGGUUAAUACCGAAAUCCAGAAAUUACGUACUUAUGAUCUCGAACUCAUUGAUGAAGCUAGGCGUCAAUGA